GCUGCAGUUCACAUGAGCGAGUGUACGAGGAGUGCGUUUGGUAACUGCGAGUCUAAAUGGCGGAUGCGGAGAAGAAGCCGUAGCUGGAACAAUAACAUUUCAGUUCCUUGUCUAGAAACGGUGUGAGGUGCUUCGGUGUUAAUAACAGAACGCUUCUGGGAGAAGGUGUUUCCGUGCACAUGAAGCUAGACGUUAGUUACGAAUCUGCGUUUUUCCAGCUUUGAGGCGAUUUGAGGCUUGCAGCGAUCUUGCUAAUAGCUAAUUCCAACGGGUGUUUUUGAAGCACGGGAAAGAAGCGGCCUCUCUCUCUCUCUUCAUGGUGUUUUUAUGAAUAUGGGCGACUCUCUGGGUCUGAUCGGGAAAAGACUGCUUCUCCUCCUGAAUGAUGGAGGAGGCUCUGCUGCUGCUGCUGCCGGUGCUGCCGCUAAUGAAAGCGCUGUGCAGGCGGCCUGGCUCCGGGGGACCGUCCGGGCAGUCAGUGUUAUCGGGCUGGCGAGUCCUGGGGUUGAGACAACCCGAGGUGACGUUCCGCAUAACCUAUUAACCAAAUCUGUUCCCUACAAGCUUCUGUUAAGAGGAUGUCAGUAUCAGGUGUUCCUGGAGUUUGAGGACAGCCCGUGGAGGCAGCGCUCCUGGGUGCAGGUGUACGGAGAAGAGGUCCGAGCAGCUCUGAUGGAAAACACCAUCGUGUGGGCUCCCGUAAGCGACUCGUCCAUUCCCGCAGCUGGAGGAACGUCUCCCAGCCACUGGCCUGCCCUGGUGUUUCAACCACUUGUGGACCGUGUCGGAUUAGGAUCCCUGGUUCCUGUUGAGUUCUUCGGAACUAGAAAGCUGGAAUUUCUCCCUAGUGGAAGUUCACUGCAGAGAUUUGAGGCUGAGAAAGAUGUGAGGCAUCCACUCCUACAGGAGCAGCCAGCACUCCAAGCAGCCAUCAGCAGCUGGCACCGGGACUCCGAGCUGCAGGAGAUACUGAGAAAAGGGACAUACACAAUCCAGGGCCGAAGGGUGCAGGUGUACCAGCCAGAAUUUGAAGAACCGUGGGCGCAGGGGCUUGUGUCUCAGCAUGAUCCUGUCACGCACAUUAUGGAAAUAACCAUGGACCAGAGAGAAGAGACCCAGGUAGUCGAUCCACGAGUCAUUCAUGUAACGCUUGCUGUGGAGCCAACAGAUGAGGAUCGACGAAGGAAAGAGGCAGAUGGAGCAAAGGGUGAGUGUGGGCGUCGACGUCGGACAGCUUCUGAAGGAGACGAAGACGUGACCCUGAAACGAUUCAAAGGAACAGGGGAGGUUGAGCCAAAUAGCCAAACUGACAGCGGGUCAGUGACGGCAGACUGCGACUCAACGGACCAUUCCAGCAGCAGGUCUACUGGGGUCAUUAAGGAGAAUGGCAACGCCACCCUGAGCCAAGACAAAACAGGUUCUCUGGCAUCCACAGCAAUUCCCACAUCCACCUUGACUCCGCCUCCUCUGAAGCCUGCUCCAUCUGCCUUUUCUACCACGUUUCCAUCUUUGGGGCAGAUGCCAAGUUUGGUGCCCGGAGCUCCCGCACCCAAGGUCACUUCCACAGCCCUGGGACCUGAAAGGGACGAUGGAGUUCUUUCAGCCUUUCCCAGAUCUGCUCCUCUGAUAUCCCCAGGCCCUGUCACCAUCUCUUCACCCUCCCAGGACAACGCUCCCAGCGUGGUCCUUUCUGCAACCCCAGAACUCAACCAGCAAGCACCUGUUUGGGGAUCGCUCCCAGAAGCAAGCCAGACACCCAAGACAGCCACCCUCACUGCUGUGGGAGUCAGUCCUUCCCAGCCUAAGCAGACCAGUGGGGCUGUGUUUGGUGACAUCCCUGCACAGACAAAUGGAGCUUCCCAGGAGAACAAGGAGCCCUUUGGAUUUUAUUUUGCUAAACCACAAGAACCUCAGCAGCAGGCAUCUAAUCCCUCACAGAACUUAUUCUUUCAGUGUAUGUCUCAGACGCAGACUCAGAACCCAGGCAUCACUCAAGGCCAGUCAAAGGACACUAACUACUUCACAGCCUUGGCGAAAAAUGUCAGCAAGGAGCCACCGACCCUUUUUAAGCCUGCCCCUGCUUCUGAGGGCCUAAAAAAGGCUGUUGUUGCCUCUGCAUCUGCAGGACUGUUUGGUUCUGCACCAGCUGGUUGCGUGGCAUCUGUGAAAGAGCAGCCCAAAGUGCCUGAUGUCAAGCCAGCAGGUAAUGGAAUUCUAAUAAACAAAUCAUUUGGAGCAGGAGGAGACACACUGGGGAAAUUGGCCCCUGGUUUCCUGCCUGCUGCUAGCAGCAGCCCUGUUUUGGGUUCAGGGGACAUUUCUAAACCUGCUUUAGGGCUCGGGACCUCUCUGGGAUUGGGCUCCGCUGCACUGACUAGUCCUGGUGCUGGUAUGAGAAAUGCUACUUGUGCUAGUCCUGCUAGUGGAUUUGGUCUGCUUUCAGGCAGCAAGGGUUCAGAAUCUCAUGAGAACCUGUUCCUGGCAGCCUCGAAAGAGGCUAAUCCAUUUCUUGCUUAUACCGGAGCAGUCCCGAAUAGUCCAUUUAGCGGGAUGACCACUCCAAAUCUGUCGUCGUCAGUGUCCGUUCCUCAGCUUGCAGGUGGCACCAGUAUUCUUAACCAAGAUCCCCCUGCCAAUGAUGGCCAAUCAAAUUUAUUCACCAUGGUCGAACCUCCCAAAGGAAUCCUAUCUUCCCAGUUUGCCAGGUGUUCUUCUUCCUCUUCUGCUGCGUCUUGUAUGUCACAGCACAAAGAUGACCAAGUGCUCAAACACAACAAAGAGGCCACCAAUGGUGGGACUGGAGCCUUCGUCAAUACUGAAAGCGUGUUUGCAGAGGGUCAGGCAGCCCCCAUGCUCUUUGACCAAGCGUCGCAGAAGUUCUCUCUGGAUGAUCGUGGUCAGUCGAGCAAAAGGGACUCGGACUCCAGCACAAACAGCGACCUGUCUGACCUGAGUGAGGCUGAAGAUGCCACUGAACAAACCCAAAAGACUGGCAUGCACUCGGCAUCUACAGACGGGUCUGAUAUGCAAAAGACCAAAGCCCAUGGUGCUAAGAACAGACCAAGGAGCAAACCCUUUAAAGUUGGUCAGUCAGUACUGAAGGACCAGAAUAAGGUGCGGCGUCUAAAGCAGUCUGGUGAAGCCUUCCUGCAGGAUGGCUCCUGCAUAAACGUGGCUCCACACCUACACAAGUGCAGAGAGUGUCGCCUUGAGCGCUACCGUAAAUCCCGUGAGCAGGAUUUGGAGGAUGAUGACCCCAACGUGGCCUGCCGCUUCUUCCACUUCCGUAGGCUAGCGUUCACAAAGAAGGGGGUGCUUCGUGUGGAGGGCUUCCUGACCCCACAGCAGAGUGACAGCUUGGCAAUGGGUUUAUGGCUUCCUUCCCCAAAUGCACAGGAUGGCCUCGACCUGGACACAUCCAAGUAUAUUCUGGCCAACGUGGGUGACCAGUUCUGCCAACUCGUCAUGUCCGAGAAAGAGGCCAUGAUGAUGGUGGAACCUCAUCAAAAGGUGGCGUGGAAGAGGGCAGUUAGGGGUGUGAGGGAGAUGUGCGAUGUGUGUGAGACGACUCUCUUCAACAUCCACUGGGUGUGUCGCAAAUGUGGUUUUGGUGUAUGCCUAGAUUGUUACCGGCUACGAAAGAACCAGCCACAUGAUGAUGUAGAUGACAGCCCAGACGAUGAAGUCUUCUCCUGGCUGAAGUGUGCAAAAGGCCAGCCUCAUGAACCCCAGAACCUCAUGCCUACUCAGAUUAUACCUGGCACAGCACUCUACAAUAUAGGUGACAUGGUACACGCAGCGCGAGGCAAGUGGGGAAUUAAAGCCAACUGUCCUUGCACCAGCCGGCACAACAAACCUGUGGCGCGGCCCAAUGCGCCGAAUGGCCUUGCACAAUCAGGUACAGCCUCUAGCACAGGUAACGGGGCUGCGUCCACUUCGGCAACACCUCGUCCAGACGGGGACCCUGUGACAGCUGCAGCAGUGAAAGUAGAGCCCUGUGCAGAGGGAAUCAGUGCUGACACAUCUGGCAGCAGCAGCAGUGCUAACAACAGCACAGCAGGGCCUGCAAGUGCCCUUACCCCUGGUUCUAAAGAUAUCAAGGGUAACUCCUCCUCUGCGCUGCACUGGCUGGCUGACCUAGCCACACAGAAGGCGAAAGACGACUCUAAAGACUCCGGCUCCCUCCGGGCCAUGAUGAGUCGUGAUGCACGUGCUCCCUUCAGUCUGGAUGCAUUCAGCACUCUAUCCAAACCAGCAGGCCCCACUCCCAAGCUUUUCAACAGCUUACUACUGGGCUCUGGGCCAACCCAGCCCAAAGCUGAGGGCACCAGCCUGCGGGACCUGCUCAACUCCGGUCCAGGCAAACUGCCCCAGGCCCCCGAUGGUGGAGUCCCCUUUCCAUCAGUAUUCUCCUCCUCAGCAGGGGCUGAUAAAGCAAAGGGAGGUCUACCUACCAUCCUGGACCACAUCAUUGCCUCUGUGGUGGAGAACAAGAAAGCAGAGGGUCGCCGUGUCUCGGGGUCGACGGAGGGCAGUGAGUCGGGCAGUGUUGCACGUAGAGAAGGGGUGAUGGGCCUGAGCGUGCUCGAUCCCCACACCUCUCACACGUGGCUAUGUGAUGGUCGUCUCCUCUGCCUGCAGGACCCCAGCAACAGCAACAACUGGAAGAUCUUCCGUGAGUGCUGGAAACAGGGCCAGCCGGUGCUGGUGUCAGGCAUCCACAAGAAGCUUAACAGUGGCCUGUGGAUGCCGGAUGCUUUCAGUGAGGAGUUCGGAGAUCAGGAUGUAGACCUGGUCAACUGCAGGAACUGUGCAAUCAUCUCUGACGUCAAGGUCCGAGACUUCUGGGACGGCUUCCAGGUCAUCUCCAAACGGUUGCAAGGUGCCGAUGGGCAGGCAAUGGUACUGAAACUCAAAGACUGGCCUCCGGGAGAAGAUUUCCGAGACAUGAUGCCUACACGGUUUGAUGACCUUAUGGAGAACCUUCCUCUACCCGAGUAUACAAAGAGAGAUGGACGACUAAACCUGGCAUCCCGUCUUCCUAACUUCUUUGUGCGGCCGGAUCUGGGCCCCAAGAUGUACAACGCCUAUGGUCUGAUAUCAACAGAGGACAGGAAGGUUGGCACCACUAACCUGCAUCUGGACGUGUCUGAUGCUGUUAACGUGAUGGUGUAUGUGGGGAUACCUGUGGGCAAUGAUGAUCAUGAAAAUGAAGCAGACCCCGCUGGAUACAAAGAGGUGUCGAUCACCAUCGAGGAGGGUGACGUGGAUGAGAUGACGAAGAGGCGGGUGUAUGAGGGGAAGGAGAAGCCGGGAGCACUCUGGCACAUCUACGCCGCUAAAGACGCUGAGAAAAUCCGUGAGCUUCUACGCAAGGUGGGAGAGGAGCAGGGUCAGGAGAACCCUCCAGAUCACGACCCCAUCCACGACCAGAGCUGGUAUCUGGACCAGGUGUUGCGCCGCCGCCUGUAUGAAGAAUACGGAGUUCAGGGCUGGUCCAUCAUCCAGUUCCUGGGAGACGCUGUGUUUAUUCCAGCUGGAGCGCCUCAUCAGGUGCACAACCUGUACAGCUGCAUUAAGGUAGCUGAGGAUUUCGUCUCACCCGAGCACGUGAAACACUGCUUCAGACUGACGCAGGAGUUCCGGCAUCUUUCAACCACACACACAAACCACGAGGACAAGCUGCAGGUGAAGAACAUCAUCUACCACGCUGUGAAGGACGCCGUGGGAACGCUGAAAGCUCAUGAAGCAAAGCUGGCCCGUUCAUAGUUCCACUUGUCCAUGGAUGCAGAGAGACUGGGUGUUAAUGGGCACUUAAUAUGAGUUUGUCGAGUGCCGGUGUGCUCACAGAACACGCUCCUGAAUUUGAGAUGUCUGUCAGCUUCGGGCUAGGAUGAAGGACGUGCUUCAUCAGUGUUACAAACACCAUCAGUUUUUUUUUUUUUUUUAUUUUUUUUUAUUUUUUUUUAUUUUUUUUUUUGGUAAUGACUCAGUUCAUUUUUCUCUGUAUCUAAAAUGUGUCUGUCUGUUUUUUUUAAAUGUGGAUCGUUUGUUGGACUGUUUAUUAAGAAGCCGAAGGAUCUUUUUAAAAACGGAUCAGCUUCUCCUGAGUAAAUGUGAGCACUGGGUUUCUUUUUAGCCAACGUUAAUGGUUUGUUUUCUUCAGCUCUGUAUGUAAAAGAACUGAAAGGAUGUUUAAAAAAAAAAAAAAAAAAAAAAAAAAAAAAAAAAAAAAGAUUCCUUCCACACUCUGGUUGAGGUGGACAUGAGUUUUGAAUGGAACUAGACCAAAGUUUUGUAUUUUUAGUUUAUAAUUUCAACUAAAAUGAAAUCAUCUUGGUCUUAUUUCCUUUUUUUUAUAGGCCUUUAGGCAAUUUGAUUCACUGAUGAUGAACGCUAGGCUGGCAUUGAGAAAUGUUUGUUGAAAUAUUAAGAAUUCCAGUUAUGAAUUACUGGUCAUUAAUAUGUAUCAAUAUGUAUUGAUCUUAGCUGUGUGUAUGAUUUUUCAAAAUAAAGUUUACAAAAAAUG